AUACAAAUUUUCAAAAAAUGUUAAUGCACAGUUACUUUUUAUAUUUGAUGAACUUACAAAAUAGAAAAAAAUGAAUUAUCAAAUGUUUGGACACCCGUUCCAGAAGCAGAGUCUCAGAACUUUAAUUAACUCGUUAGGCCUUAAUUGACUCAUUAGAACUCGUUUGGCAGGCCAAGAAUUGUCAUUAUGAAUAACUAUUCCAGAGCGUAAUAAACCCAUGGUUUAUUACGACAACCCAUGGUUCCUCUAAUCAGCUGACUGAGGAUCUGCAAAGCAAAGGAAGGCUGUGAAAAGAAGUGCUUCCGGGUAGCUAUUUGCACUGUCCGAAAUGUCAUUAAGAAUUAGCAGUUCGGGGGGAACUGUGCAAGUCAAGGCAAGAUCUGAAACGGCUCAUAUAGUAUGCUGGCAAGAAAAGCAAAGCAAAACCACCAUCUGACACUAAAGACCUGCAGGAAGGUUUAGCUGACACAGUGCAGCGCUGCUUGUACAUAUAUGGUCUGCAUGGAAGAGUCAUCAGAAGAGACACUUUACGUGCAACCUCGUCACAAAAGUGAACGUCUGAUAUAUGCAAACAUUAUCUAGAUAAGCCAGAGGCAUUCUGGAACUUUCUAUGGACUGAUGAAGUAAGGAUGGAGCGGUCACUACCAUCACCAGUGGUAUGUUUGGAAAAAUGAAGGAGAAGCAUUUGAUGAAAAGUAUAUCUUGUUAAUUAUUAACCAUGGUGGUAGAGAUAUACUUCUGGUUUGUGUGGCACAGGAAACAUUGCACAGGUAAAGGGAGGAGCGACAUCGAACUGCUUAUUAAGAGAAACAGCCCUGAUGCCAUGGAUAUCUUGAAAACAUCUGGUCAUGAUAACAUGGCAUCUUUGUCAUCGGACGUAAACUAUGAUGGUGACUCAUGGCGGUAUAUAACAGCUUCCCUCAUUAUGUCAUAAUGGGUAAAUAGUAAGCUUUUUAUGGUUUAAUACAUGGGUGUCCAAUCUUAUCCGCAAAGGUCCGGUGUGGGUGCAAGUUUUCAUUCCAACCAAUCAGGAGCCACGCCUGAUUCCACCUGUUUAAUCAGUUGAUCUUGGCUUUCAAUAGACUCAGGUGUGGCUUCUGCUUGGUUGGAAUGAAAACCCGCACCCACACCGGACCUUUCCGGAUAAGACUGGACACGCCUGGUUUAAUAUAACAAAUGUUUUCCAUUCUUUCCUUCCCUUCUCAUUCUUUAGCUUCUCUGUUUUUCUCUUUCUCCUUUUCCCUCCUGGAGGAUACUGACGCUGCUCUGGUCGUCUGUUUUAUUCCUCCCUCUUUCCUGUGACAGGAGGAUUUAUUUUUCCCUGCGCCAGUACUCUGUCUAAAAUCCUCUUCUCAGAGUAUAAAAGCAUCACGCGCUCUUUCUGCUUCUCUCCCCCUCCCUCCAUGCCUCCAUCCCUCCUGACUCGUCCUCAUCACCCCUCCCUCAGUACGUGUUGCAGGAACAUCGCUUGCUAUUGGUGUUGGCCUGCUGUUAAUGUCGUGCAUCAUUGCCACCAUAACCCCACGGGGAGGAGGAGAGAAUCUCGUUUUUUUCCCCCCCUGUCUUGCUCCCUCACUUGCCGAUAAUGCAGAUCUCGGUAAUUGAAUUUUGAUGUUUUUUUGCUUCCUGCUGAAGGACAGAGUGUCGCAGACGACCAGCCUGAGGAGAAGAGAGCUCUGCUUUUGCAGCAGUCAUGCAGCCCCAUGCGGCGGAGGUGGCACGCCUCUACCAGACAGAGUUCGUCCGGAGUGCGCGGGCUAUGGGUGUCCUGUGGGCCAUUUGCACGCUCUGCUUCGCAGUCAUCGAGGUGGUCAUCCUCGUCCAGCCGUCCUGGGUGGGCACGCGUGAGCUCCGUUAUCCAGCCAGCAGUGUCGGUGGCAAGGCGCCACCUCAGACUGGUACACUGGGCCUGUUCGAGGUGUGUGUGGAGUCAGACUGGCCAGUGCCGGAGUGCACAGGCUCCCUACAUACGCUGACCCCGAUUCCAGCCUUCCAGUCACCGGCUGUGCUGGUGUGCAUCUCCCUCACCAUGGUCUGGGUCAGCGUGGGCUGUCUGUGUCUGUUUCGCUUCUGCAACGCCGCAACCGUGUACAAGAUCUGUGCCUGGCUACAGCUCACCGCUGGUUUCUGUCUGGCGCUGGCCUGCGUGCUCUUCCCAGACUCGUGGGAGUGUGCUGAGAUGCGUGCACUGUGUGGAGACAGCGUUGAGAGUUUCUCUCCAGGGAACUGUUCCGUGCACUGGGCCUACGUACUGGCCAUGCUGGGAGUGCUGGACGCCGGGAUCCUCGCCACACUUGCCUUCGUCCUGGGCAACCGACAGGAUGCACUGCUCCCAGAUGACGCCAAGGAUGGUGACGUGACCGGAUUGUUACUGGAAGCGUAGCCUGGGGAUGAAGCGAUACUACAGACUCCUUUUAACCUGGGGCAGGUCUCUCUGUCCUCAUCGGAAAGCUGGAGAAAAACAGACGACAUGAGAAAACCUCACUUCCUCCUCCCCCACAGCAUGACAUCAUGUCCCCGACGCUUACAUAAAAACUGCGCAUAGAAACUAGAGACGGUCGCCUGGCAACCGCAACCGAUGACUUCUCCAGCUGUAAGUGGAGGCAGGGAAAUACAAGGACACUUGUUUUUCAUUCUCUGGCACCUCCUGAUAAGCAAGCGGAUGUCAUCGUAGAUAUUACUUACUUUUUCUGUUAAUUCUCCACACUGUCCUGUAUCGAGACCAUCAAAUGUAUUCUCUCCUUGUCUGGUGCCACUGUGUGGUGUGAAUUUUAGGUUUCUUCAUGUUCUCAUUACUCUGCGUUAUUUAAGAUCAGUAUUUAAGAUAAAUAUAGAACAGAUGAAGCAAUACCAACAAUAAGGCCUUAAUUUAAGGGGAAAAAAAAACAUAACUCUGGAUAGGAUUUUGAUUAAAGAGUAGGUUACAUUUUUAAAAAAUUAUUUCUAUAUCUGAAAGUUAAAUGAUUAAAUAUAGUUUAUUAUUAUUAUUAUUAUUAUUAUUUUUAGAGGUUUUAAUAGCGUUAAUCACAACAUCUUAAUAACACAUACAAGGUGAUUAAUGAAUAUUCAUCUUUGGCAAUUAAAAGAGGAAUUACAUCAUUCUUAGUGUCUUCAGGCAUUGCAAUGAACAUUUAUUACACGUCGCAUAAGCAACACAGUGCGUGAGCAAAUAUCGAGCUCUAACGUGAACGACGAGUACAGAGAAACAAAGAACUGACUCGAGAUUUUGAUAUCGACAUCCAAUUUUUUUCUUUAUUGUAACGAUCAUUUUUUUCUCGUUUUAUUGUACAAUCCCACCUGCUACUCACAGAUGCAUAAGAUUAAUAAGAUUAAGAUUUCAUAACCACACAGAUAAGGAAACAACAACAACAACAAAAAAAAACCCACACGUAUAAUUAUGAUUUAAAACACGGUUUCUUGCACAUGUUCUCACAUAGAGUAAUCAGAGAGGGAACUCCAGAGGAGAGGUGAUGUGUAAAACAGCCAGCAUCAUCAUUUAAAAAAAAAAUUAUUUGGCACAUUAAUAUACUAAAGCCACUGGAGAAGCAAAAGGAAGCAGAACAACAGCGAUUGACUCUUCCACAGCGAGAGUAGGUUUCAGUAAUACACGCAGGACGAACGCUGUCCGGACACGAGAUCAGAAAGAGAGCAGAGACCCAAAGAGUUUAACUCAGUGCUGGAAAUUUUGCUGUGUGUUGCACUGCCAAAGUCUGAGGUCUUAAAAUAGCUCUGCUAUUUCAGG